CGAAAUUCCAAUUAGCGUCCAGUAUGCCUUCGACCUUACUUGGUAUCGCAACGAUCCUUGAAGAGAAAUGAAGACGUGGCAGAUUCUUGUAUCGUUUUGUUGCUUAACCUUCGUUAAGUGCAAUGGCGUUUACAGAAUCCCAACUCCAACCUUUGAGCCUUACAAACCACGUGGUCUUAAACUUAGCAUACCGAACGAAUCAGGGAUAACAUUAGUGGCUUUUCACAUCAAUAUUAACCAGGAUAUCGAGUCGAAAGAAGGCGAAUAUACUAAGUAUAUAGUGAAUCCGAUGAACAACAGAUGGGUUUAUACUAAUGAAGUUUUACGAUUGAGACUAGCUGACAAAGUUUACGUUAGGAUAACCGUUUUAAAAGAUGGAGAACAAUAUGCUUAUGUUUUUGCACCGUUUAUAGUUCAAGAACUUUUACCUCAAACAUCUAUUUCAAAUCCUUAUUCAUCCACAACAACAACUACUCAACGACCGCAAUAUGUGAUACCAACAGUUACUUCAACAUUUCCACCAUCAUUAUCCGGAAACUGCCAAAGAGUUCUUCAAAAUGUAACGAGGAUUACUUUAGACUUGGAAGAAAAACUGGCCGAAGCUGGUGAGAACAUCGACGCAUUAAAAGAUUUACUUCCGGGGCCUUAUUUUGUAACAAUCGCCGGAACUAUCACUCAAACCUACGAUGAUCCUUACGAUGUUGUUAACUUAGCGCUGAAGAAUUUGUUGAAAGUAAAUCGAGUGUCAUAUAAAACUUGCGUGAGAAACAGGGACUAUAUUGUUUGCGAACUUUCUAGUAUUGACGAUAAAAUUGAGUUAGUAAAAUGUUCAAAGAAAAGUACAGCUCAAUCCUCGCAGAUUAAAAUUAUUUAUUGAAAAA